CCGGCAAACUCGGCCAUUUUUCAACCAGGAAGCAAAAUUUUCACAGAUUUGGGAAGAAAACAAGAUUUUUUAUCAUGUCAGAGGCAUAUUUUAAUGUGGAUUGCGGUUAUUUGGAAGGCCUUGUUCGAGGAUUCAAGGGAGGAAUCUUGAAACAGACCGAUUAUCUCAAUCUGGUCCAGUGCGAGUCUUUAGAAGACCUGAAACUUCAUCUCCAAAGCACAGAUUAUGGCACAUUUCUUGCAAAUGAAGCCAGUCCUCUCUCUGUCUCAGUCAUCGAUGAUAAACUAAAAGAGAAGUUGGUUGUGGAGUUCCAACACAUGAGAAACCAGGCUGUGGAACCACUUGCCACAUUCCUUGACUACAUCACGUACAGUUACAUGAUAGACAACAUCAUCCUUCUCAUCACUGGCACGCUACAUCAGCGAUCUAUAUCCGAACUCAUUCCAAAAUGUCACCCGCUUGGAAGCUUCGAACAAAUGGAAGCCAUCCAUAUUGCAGCCACUCCAGCUGAACUUUACAACGCUGUACUUGUUGAUACGCCCCUAGCUCCCUACUUCAUUGACUGCAUAUCUGAGCAAGAUUUAGAUGAAAUGAAUAUUGAGAUCAUUAGGAAUACACUAUAUAAGGCAUAUUUAGAGGCCUUCUACAACUUCUGUGAGCAAAUCGGAGGGUCAACGGGUGACACCAUGUGUGAAAUACUUGCAUUUGAGGCUGAUCGCAGGGCAUUCAUCAUCACGAUCAACUCGUUUGGCACAGAACUGACCAAGGACGACCGCAAUAAGCUAUAUCCCACAUGUGGCAAGCUUUACCCAGAUGGUCUGGCGGCCCUCGCACGGGCUGAUGAUCAAGAUCAAGUCAGAGCAGUAGCAGAAUAUUAUGCUGAGUACCGUGCCUUGUUUGAGGGAGCUGGCAACAACCCGGGAGAGAAAACACUUGAGGAUCGCUUCUUCGAACAUGAGGUCAAGUUGAACGUGUACUCGUUCCUGCAACAGUUCCAUCACGGCGUCUUCUACUCUUACGUCAAAUUAAAAGAGCAGGAAUGUCGUAAUAUCAUCUGGAUAUCGGAGUGUGUCGCCCAACGCCAUCGAGCAAAAAUUGACAGCUACAUUCCUAUAUUGUAAUAUUCGGUGCUAUUUGUUGGGAAGUUUUGAAAUUUUACUUUUAAGAACGUGUUCUCAUCCCCAAUUCCUUAUGAGAAGUUGAAGUGUAAUAGUAUGUCCUUUUCUGUGUGAUUUCAAAAUAAAACACGUCUAACAUUGCUCCUACCGACCAGUGUAAUUAGAAUUAUGUGUUAAUUUGACGACAGACUAGUACAAUGCAAUAGUGACUGUAGGUUUCAUAAUAUGUGUUAGAGUAAGUGCAUGUAAAUAUGUAAAUUUUUGGUUGUUGAACAUGUUGAACAAAUAUUAAAUGAUAGUAUUGGUAGCAGAACAGAUGGACGGACACAAACAGAUACUAAUGUAUAUAUUGAUGUAUAUUUAUUCUAUAUGCACUAAGUGUGUUGUGAUGAUUAGGGCCUGAAUAUAACAGGCCCUAUAGGGCGGCUUGAUCCCUUAAGUUGUCUCAACUGAAUUCAUAAUAUCCUGGGAAUUCCAGCCAGAAAUUGUUAAAUGUGAACUGUAAACUCCUCUGUUUUCAUGACCCUAACAUUUGAAAUCUGAAAAUUACAUUUUCGCUUCAAUUUGGGGCCAUAAAAAUGAAGGGGUUUACAUUGUAGAAUUAUUUAGAUAAGUAUAGCUGUUAGUGUUCGUCAUUGAUGAGGUGUCAAGUCCAGUUUAUUGUGCUAAUCAAGCAAACAUGAAAUUUAGUUUAUCAGUUAAUGGUAGUGACAAACUAUUCUUACUGUUCAGUUUCCAACAUCUGCUGGCAUUCCUGUUGCCAUUCAAAAAAUUGGUUGAGGGGGCAGGGGGGCGGCAGCACGAAGUUUCAUGCUUAGUCUUCAGUUGUGUUUGACCUUCCUAAGAUGUAACCCUCAUGACUUGGCCCAGGCUAUGCCCCUGUUUAUUAAACGUUUUGGUAAAAGACGGAUGAAUGGGAUGUCUUGGAUGGGAAUGGGAUAUCUUUCAUCAUCAUAUUAUCUAGUCUGCUUCUCAGUGAGCCUAUUUGGGGUGGAUUUCCAAAAAUUCCACAAAAGGUGGUUUGUGUUUUUGCGUCUUCAAAACCGGCAGAUACAUGUAUCCAUGGAGCUAGCCUGAUAGGGUUACUGUUGUGUAUGUGAUAAUGUUUAAAUGUCUCUCAUUUUCAAAGUGUGUAUUACUCAAUUUAGUUGCAUGUAGAGAUAUAUUGUUGAAAUUACCAAUGCUUGCGUUUUCCUGUCAACGGCAUCUAGUGGUAGCUGUAAGGAAACUCACCAAACUUUAAUUGUGGCUUAUUUCAGCCAAGUCUAUGGUCAUCAUUUGGAACUACUAGAAUUGGGAGUGAACAAGGAAAUGUACUUUGUUUUAUGUAGCAUGAUCUUGUGGCCAUGUUUGGCAACAUUAUACGAUUCCAUACCAUAUAGUAAUAGUUGGUCCCAACCCUGUGCUGCAGUUCUGCAACCUGUUCAUUUGAACUGAGUGUCUAUGAAUCUUAAGGCCAGACCCUAUCAAUGUGGGCACCAAAAGUUGAUAAAAAACUUCAAUGGCAUGUGCCUUAAGACAAGGAAUUAGCGUAAGCUGGUGAAGUGCUGGUUGAAAGAAAAACAGGCACAAUUCACAGAGUAGGGUUUGUUCCAAUCACAUCAUCAUAACUGAUAGACUCACAACACUACUACAUUCUAAUAAUCCACAAGUAAUGUAAUGUACCAAUCAUCCAAUAACGAGAUGUGUAGUUAUCGCACAUCAAUAUAGAGGGCUCUCCACCACCGACAAAGUGUUCCAAAUGUAGAUAUUUCAGUCCAUAUAUAUUCAUUAGGCUUGGGGUGUAUAGUAUGCCAUAACACAAGGCAUCCAGCAUCGCCCCAUAUUAUUAUUAGAAAAGUACCUCUGGUUGAUGUGUCAUCCUACUACAAAAAAUGUGCAACAUAAGGUGAACUACCUUAAAAGUUUGGCAUGUUGUCCAGAAAUUCCAGAGAUGUUGACACAAAAAUGUUGCCGUAGGGUUUCGCUUUCAACCGGUAGUUAUCAGUAUCAUCAUUCAUAAAAGUCUAACCACACCAUUCCAGUUCAAAAACAAUUUCUGCUUAUUUCUUCAUCAAUUCAUUAAAAAAUAUUUUAUUCAAGUUUAUUAUAUGUCCAUAAAGGGUACACUUUAGUUAGUGGUAUCUUAUAAUUGCUCUAUGUAGGCUUCUUACGCUAAAAGUAUGUAAACCAUCACGUUUACUACUGCUUACAGCGUUACCUGACCUUGGUCAUUCCUUCUUCAAUUUCCUUUAGUUCUUGUUGUUCCAAAAUGAUUCCAAGGCCACAAGUCCUAUGACAUUGCUAGCCAGUUUGUUAGCAUUUUAAAGACAUUCCUCUUGGUUUAACUUGAUAGUUUUCGUAGCGAUUAUGGUAAUAUUGUAUCGUGAUAAAUUAAUAAUAAAGGAGGAUACACACCACAAAAUA